CGAUAAACUUUGCUGAAUCGAAUAUACUAUUUAUUAAUUUCCUUUCUGCAAAGAUGAGUCGGACGCCGGAUGCAAGAGCGAGGGACAACCAGACAAGAAAGAUCCAGGAAAAUAUCACCAAUGUGGAGAAACAUUUCGGAGAGAUGUGCCAACUGUUCGCUGCCUACGCGCGCAAAACAGCCCGGCUACGAGACAAGGCAGAUCUCCUGGUCCGGGAAAUUGGCUUGUAUGCAGACAUGGAAACACCAAACCUGAAAAAGGGAAUGAAACAGUUUGCUGACCACCUGGCCAAGGUCGAAGACUACCGCCAGGCGGAGGUGGAAAGACUCGAAGCCAAAGUCAUCGAGCCUUUGAAAAGUUAUGGUGCUGUAGUGAAACGGAAAAGGGAGGAUCUGAAGACGACUCAGAGUGCCAGAGACAGAGAGACCAAACAGAUGGCUCAGCUUGAGAGAACCCGGCAGAGAAACCCCUCCGACAGGCAGAUCAUCUCUCAGGUGUGUCUCUCAAGCCCAGGUAAAAGGUAUCAAUUUUCUGAUUGGUAACUUCAGGCUGAGAGCGAGCUCCAGAGAGCCACCAUGGACGCCACGCGGACCACCAGGCAGCUGGAGGAGACCAUAGACGAGUUUGAGAUUCAGAAGAUCCGGGACAUCAAGAGGAUCUUUGGAGAGUUUGUGACGGUGGAGAUGUCGUUCCACGCAAAGGCCCUGGAGGUUUACACAUUGGCCUUCCAGAGCAUUCAAAGUGUGGACGAAGAGGAGGACCUGGAGGUGUUCAGGAGCUCGCUGCACCCCCCUGACUACCAGUCACGCUUAGACUUAGUGCGAGCUAAUUCCAAAACCUCCCUCGAUCGGACCGGGUCCUUCCUCAGUACAUCAGGGACCUUACAGCAACAAAGAACCAGCAACCGCCAGACGAGGAGAGAGGAGGAGGAAGAGGAUGAGGAGGAGGAUGAGGAGGAAUCUGAAGAGGAGGAUGAAGAGGACAACUCUGAUGAUGAAAAUUAAUUUUUCUUUGCUGUACAGAAGAAAGAAAGGAAUAUUAAAAAAGGUGUGUUAGUGUUGUGCGGCCUCGUAACAGACCAGCUGUGUCAUUGCCAAACUCACCUGACACAGGUGCUGUGAGCAGUGUUGUAGUGAAAGUAGUCGUGCGAUGCAGAACAUGUUGUUCUUUACUACCAUUUGUCUUUGAGCCAGUUAUUGUCUUAGCUUUGUUUUUUUAUACAUAACACAGCCAAAAUGAAAACAGUAUUUCAUUAUUCUGCUUUUUAUUGCUUCAUGUUAUUCAUCUUUUAGGAAUAAAUCACUUUUCAUAUUGA